AUGGCGGAUUCUGAAGAUGAGCCACAAGAAGCCAAGAAGGCAAAAGUAGACAGGACUUCCAGGUCCACAUAUGAAAGUGUAGAUUGGUCAAUAUGUAUAUUUUGCCAAAAAAAGAAGUACAAAGGCGUAAAAGAGCUUAUAAGUGUUGCCAGCUUUGAUUCUUGUCAAGCGAUUGUAGACGCUGCCAUUGCUUGUGAUGACCAGCGAUUGCUUUUAAAUAUCAAAGGCGUUGAUUUGAUAGCGAAAGAAGCGAAGUAUCACGGAAAAUGUCGAAGCAAAUAUGUCAGUAAGACAAACCUAAAAUGUCUCAGUUACAAUGAAGAUAAUGAAGAGAAGGAGUGUAUGUAUUCUGCAGCGUUUGCUAUGUUAGUGGAUGAAAUUACUCCUGGAUUAUCUGAAGGAAAGAUUUAUGACAUGAGCCAUAGGUUAGACCGCUAUAAGCAGGUAUUGGAAGUCAAAGGCAUUUCUUGCAGCAAUUAUCGCAGCGAAAAGCUCAAAAGAAGAAUGAGAGGCCAUUUCUUAGACCAAAUAGUCAUCGAGAAGCAGAACGACCCUUCGAAGCCCGAAUUAAUUUAUUCCAGUCAUUUGUCAGUUGCAGACAUAGUAAAAACAUCAGUCUCUCAGCAGUCCAGUGAAGAUUUUGAAGUCGAUGAGGACUCGAGACAGGAUAUGGAACAGGAUAAGGCUAGCAUUUUGUACCAAGCAGCCCAGAUAAUAAAGAAUGACAUCAAACAGUGCAAUGGUAUUUCAAUCAAGCAAUUGUGUGAAGACGAUGUGUCCAUAGAGAAGGGCAGGUGUCUAAUACCGGAAAGCCUUUACAGUUUUCUUUCAGAGGUUAUCUCUAGGCAAGACAAAAAGGCCACUAUCGUGUCGGAUGGAGCUACUCUUAGUGCUGAGAAAGGAAGACGCGUAGUUAUGCUAGGUCAGGAUAUAAUUCAUUCCGCGACCAAUAGUCAGGUGAAAACACCGAAACACAUAGGUUUGGCAGUCACCAUACAUCAUUUAACAGGGUCUAAGGAAGUCUUGACUUUGUUAAACAGAAUGGUGCACUGCUCUUCAUAUGAUGAUGUCGAAAUCGUAAACACAGCGUGAGCAAGAGAGAUGGAGGCACGGAGCCAACAAACUGGAGCAGUCAUCCCAUCAAACAUUACCGCCGGCCCAUUUGUACAAUUCUCUGCCGACAAUAAUAACUUCAACAAGGAAACUCUAGAUGGCAAAAAACUACACACGCCACAACGCUAGUAGUGUAUCAGCGUCAGCCUUUUGGACCCCAACUCCCACCGAAGGUCCAGGCUGACCACUCCUCUAGAAGAAGAUCUUUAUAGCAGCCUGUUCAGGGUCAACUCAUGCACGGUUGCAGUGUGCAUGGUAAGCGUCCUGCGUUGACCUCAUUCAUAGGAAGGGCAGAAGAGAACUUUGAAUGUAGAGACGAUUGCACAACAACUCAGAAUGUAAGAGAAUUGGCAUGGUUUCUGCUCAGGCUGAAUAGAAAAAACGUAUUGAAGGCCAAUGAUACCUAUGGAGAGCAAUCAGUUUCCGGAUGGAGCGCAUUCAAUGCCGAAAUGUCUUCCAUCACGUUGCCUCGCACCGUCAUUGGCUACUGCCCGAUGAUUGCUGGAUCACCAACAGAGUACAGUACCAUCUAUACGGUACUCAAAACAGUGCAAGAAAUGUCCAAACAUCUCCAGCAGAACACUGCAGUAAUCACAUUUGAUCUGGCAAUUUAUUCCAAGGAAAAGGAAAUCCACUGGUGUUAUCCAGAAGAGUUCCAAAACCUAGUGAUUCGCUUAGGGGGGUUUCACAUUGCACUCAAUUAUUUGGCCUUGAUCGGAAAGAUGUUCCAGGAGAGUGGGUUGGAGGAUGCGUUUAUAGAGUCUGGCCUCUACAGAUCGAACUCUACUAUGGCACUAUUGCAGGGAAAAUGGUACAACAGGGGAAUUUAGAGGACACAAAUUGAUUAUGGAGGCGCUAUAGCGUUUGAAAUGGGACGCAUUUUGCUCCUGGGUUAGUAAAGGAGGAGGUGAAGAAGUCGAAAGCGAAGGAGGUCCGAUUCUAAAUCUCGUUGACUCUGUCAUAGAGCGCUACAGAACAGCAACAACAGCUGAAGAGAAGAAAGAGGCCUAUUUGCUGCUUUGUAACACCGCCAACCGUGUUGAGGACUUAUUGAUGCGGUUUAAACAAGAAACGUCAUCGAAACUUUUCAAGUUUUGGGACAAGUACAUCGAGAUGAUUCUCCUUCUCCUCGAGUUCAUUCGAGCAGAACAAGAGGGUGACUGGGAGUUACAUCUUAAGGUUACAACAAAGAUGAUUCCUUAUUUUUUUGCAAUGGAUCGUAUGAAUUACUCCCGGUGGCUGCCUGUUUAUAUUAUGGAUACGCGCAAUCUGCAAGAAAAAGCUCUAGACGUCUACAACGAGUUCCUUAGAGGGAACCACACUGUCAGUAGGUCAACUUCACAGUCAUUUAACCAAGUCUGGACGGACAUGGCUCUCGAACAGAGCAUUAACCUUGACAGUAAAGCUAAAGGUGGCAUAAUCGGUAUUACGCAAAGGCCAAGCGCUCUCCAGAAAUGGUUUUUGACAGCACACGAGAGAACAGCAACCACGACUGCUACCAAAAGAAUAAUAGAUUUGGAUGAAUCUACAAGAAGUACACACAAGGAAUCAUCAAAAGUCAGAGUUCAAAGAGACGAAAAUGACAUCAAGAAGGUCAUACACACUCUGCAGACAGUGAUGUCUAAUCCGUUCGAUGAAGAUGCGUACAGAGAGGACGUUCCACUAAUGAACCUUGCUACAGGAGUAGUUAUGCCAGAGGAGAUAUCAGAGCAACUUAUUGAUGCCCAAUGUCUAGGAGAAGCGAGGAUGAAGUUAUUUGUGAGCAAGCGUAUCAAUACCAAUGAAGUUGGCUUUUGGGAACCGAUGGAAAAGAUGAACAUAAAAACCUUUGCAAGUUUGUCAAAGAAAGCAAAGGUUAAGUCCGUGGAUGAGAAGCUUGUAACAGUAAGCGCGGACAGAAACUUGUUUGGGCGUCUUUUGAUAGCUUCACGGUCAAGGGAUAUCGACUUGAGAGAAGUGUUAAAGUACGAGCUGGACUCUGUCCCUUGCGCACUG